AAGGCCUGGGGCGGGUGGGGCGCGUCCGAAAGGCCCGUCCUGUCCCGGGGCGGCGGGAGGGCGAAAGGCGGUAGAGAUUGCGCUUGGCAGCGACCACUUAGAGUAGUACGGGGGCGGGGAGGGCAGCAGAAAUCAGUCCUCUGGUUAGUUCCCCGCGUGGGACCACGUGAUUGGAGAGGUCCCGCCCCCCUCCGCCGGAACCAGGUGUUCGAAUCCCGUCUCCAGAACUAGCGGCAUUUCAGUCCUGCCGGCGUGAGGGCUGGGGCUCACACCUCCGGGCUCAUGGCAGCGCCGGUCCGCCUGGGCCGGAAACGACCGCUGCCCGUUUGCGCCAACCCGCUCUUCGUACGCUGGCUGACCGAGUGGCGGGACGAGGCAGCCAGCAGAGGGCGCCGCACGCAAUUCGUGUUUCAGAAGGCACUGCGCUCCCUACGGCGGUACCCACUGCCCCUGCACAGUGGCAAGGAAGCUAAGAUCCUACAGCACUUCGGAGACGGGCUCUGCCGGAUGCUGGACCGGCGGCUGCAGCAGCACAAAGCAUCAGGUGGUGACCAUGCCCCAUGUUCACCACCUGGAGCGAAGAGUCCAGCCCGGGAAAGGCCUGCCGAAGUCCAGGAUCCGAAGCCAGGUCCAACCCAGCUCAAAGCAGGAGGCUCUGGCAAGUAUUGGCCAGCUCGGCACUCGGGAGCUCGAGCAGUACUGCUGCUGCUGUACGGGGAACACCUGAAUCCUAGCAGUCACGGCUUCCUAACCAAGGAGGAGCUGCUGCAGAGGUGUGCCCAGAAGGCUCCAAGGGUGGCCCCUGGAAGUGCUCGGCCCUGGCCAGUCCUCCGCUCCCUCCUCCACAGGAACCUGGUCGUCAGGACGCAGCAGCCAGCUAGGUACUCACUGACCCCAGAGGGUCUGGAGCUGGCCCAGAAGCUGGCUGAGUCGGAGGGCCUGAGCUUGCUGAAUGUGGGCAGCGGGCCAGAGGAGCCCCCUGGGGAGGAGCCUGCGGUGCCAGGAGCGGCCUCGGCUGAGCUUGGCGCCAGCGAAGGGAAUGUCCAGCAGCCACCGCUGCAGCUGGGGCCUGGAGAGUACAGGGUGCUGUUGUGCGUGGACGUUGGCGAGACCAAGGGGGCGGGACCCAGGCCAGAGCUGCUCCGAGAGCUGCAGCGGCUGCACGUGACCCACACGGUGCGCAAGCUGCACGUCGGGGACUUCGUGUGGGUGGCCCAAGAGACCAGUCCCAGGGACCCGGCACGACCUGGAGAACUAGUCCUGGACCACAUCGUGGAACGAAAGCGGCUGGAUGACCUGUGCAGCAGCAUCAUCGACGGCCGCUUCCGGGAGCAAAAGUUCCGGCUGAAGCGCUGCGGCCUGGGGCGUCGAGUAUACCUGGUGGAGGAGCAUGGCUCAGUGCGUAACCUCAGCCUUCCCGAGGGCACGCUGCUGCAGGCUGUCACCAACACUCAGGUCAUCGAUGGCUUCUUUGUGAAACGCACAGCAGAUAUUAAGGAGUCAGCAGCCUACCUGGCCCUGUUGACAAGGGGCCUGCAGAGACUCUACCAGGGCCACACCCUCCACAGUCGCCCCUGGGGAACCCCAGGGGACCCUGAAUCAAGGGCUGGGCCCUCCGCAAACCCUCUCUGCUCACUCCUCACCUUCAACGAUUUCAACGCAGGAGCCAUCAAGAACAAGGCCCAGUCUGUGCGGGAGGUGUUUGUCAGGCAGCUGAUGCAGGUGCACAGAGUGAGCGGGGAGAAGGCGGCAGCCCUGGUAGAUCAGUACAGCACCCCUGCCAGCCUACUGGCUGCCUAUGACGCCUGUGCCACGCCGGAGGAAAAGGAGAUGCUGCUGAGCACCAUCAAGUGUGGACCACUGCAGAGGAAUCUGGGGCCCGCUCUGAGCAGGACCUUAUCACAGCUUUACUGCAGCCAUGGCCCCCUGACCUGAGCUAUGCCACAAGACAGACCCCCGCCCCCAUCUUCCCAGGCUAUGCAGCCUUUUAACUGGGAUCUUUGGGCUACAAUAAAAAUCUUAAGUGUUUGCA